UCUCUGCCGCUUCGUCUUCGACGUCUCAUCCUACUCCCUCUCUCCCUCUCUCUCUCGGUCCUCUGCUUCUAACCGAAUCCACCAGCAAAGAAUUGCUUUUUUCCCCCUUCUGUCUAAUUAUUUUUCUGUAGAACUGUAAUCCAAUCACAGAUAAUCUUCUUAUUUCAUAAUGUUUCAAGACAUGUGGAAUGCUCCCCCUGGUUUCAGACCCUCCAAGUCUGCUCCAUCUUCACCGGCGAAGCCUCUUGGGGUUCUCAGAACUCGGUCGGAAUCCUUCCAUGUGACGCACAAGGUCCCUGUAGGUGACACUCCAUACGUCAGAGCCAAAAAUGUCCAGCUGGUGGAGAAGGACCCAGAGAGAGCCAUUCCUCUAUUUUGGGCAGCUAUAAAUGCAGGAGACAGAGUAGAUAGUGCUUUGAAAGAUAUGGCUAUAGUAAUGAAGCAGCAGAAUCGGGCUGAAGAGGCCAUUGAAGCUAUUAAAUCGCUUCGAAGCAAAUGUUCAGAUCAAGCCCAAGAAUCUCUUGAUAAUAUCCUCUUAGAUCUUUACAAGAGGUGUGGGAGACUGGAUGAUCAAAUAGUUCUCUUGAAGCAUAAACUGUACCUAAUCCAACAAGGUUUGGCUUUCAAUGGCAAGAGAACGAAGACUGCCAGAUCCCAGGGAAAAAAGUUCCAAGUCUCUCUGGAGCAAGAAGCCACCAGAUUACUGGGAAACUUAGCGUGGGCACUGAUGCAGCAGAACAACUACAUCGAAGCAGAAGAUGCGUACCGUAGGGCACUUUCAAUCGCGCCUGAUAACAACAAGAUGUGCAAUUUGGGCAUCUGCUUGAUGAAGCAAGGUAGAAUUUCGGAGGCUAAAGAGACUCUGAGUCGGGUAAAGCCAGCAGUUGCAGAUGGCCCUAGAGGCUCAGAUUCUCACUUGAAAGCCUAUGAGAGGGCACAGAAAAUGCUGAAGGAUCUGGAGUCCGAAAUGAUGAACAAGGGAGGGAUGGACAGGGUCGAACAGAGCAGGCUCUUCGAAGCUUUUCUGGGUUCUUCGUCAAUCUGGCAGCCUCAACCUUGUAAAGAUUCUACCAAUACCACUAGUAAUACAAAUAACAGUGCCAAUUCCAUCAAAACCCGAUAUGAUUUCGCUGAUGAGAAUAUGAAUUCGAAUAUAGUACCCAAUUUCAUGCAAACGGGUGUUACUAGUAGCAAGCAACAGGUUAUCCCACCAUUGGGGAACUCCCUUAAUGUUGCGGCUCCACCAUUUUAUGCUUCAAAAUCCUUUAAUAAAGAGCCUAUGUUGUUACGAGAACCAACUGGGAAUCAUCCUCCUCCUCCUCCUCAUCAUCAUCAAUUCGCGGAGACUCUAAAGAGGACAAGAUCUGGAAAUGCUGCGGGAACAAUGAGAGUGAACGAGGUAGGGGAGAUUAAUAAUACGAUACAGAGGGAAUCAGGGGUGCCCGAGAACAAGACAAGAAGGCUUUCAGCGGAAAGUGAUGGGGACAAGCUAACGGAGUUGUUGCCGAACAACAAGGACUUUGAAGAUGCUAUUCUUGCUGCGAUUCUGGGGCCGACGGAGGAGUCAGAUAACACUAGUACGUCCGGGAUAUUCCAGAGGAAAAUUGACAAGCGGCUUAAGGUGUUUCAAGAUAUUACUUUAUCCUUGAGUCCGAGGGCCUAAGCAAAUUUUAUUUUAAAUUAAUAAAAAUAUUCUCAAUAAAAACUCUUGUAAUUUUAGGACGGGAGAUGAACUUGUUCUCCAUUUAGUUCUGUCCCUUUAGAGGACUAUGCAGCAUGAUAAUCAGUUCUGCCAAUAGCUGUAGCUACAUGGCAGGUUACAACAAGUAGCAGUAGUAGUCGUCAACAUGUCUUGUUCCCAUUUAUUUAUUUGUUAAGCCUUGUAAACGAGGCACACCAUUGACUUAUAAUAUGAGAUGGAUGUCUUUGAGAUGA